AUGUUACUCAACGAGCAAGCUUUUGAAGCAAUGUCGUUCACCACUAAAAACUUGGCACCUUCAGAAUUGAAGAAGCUUAGGAAUAAACAGAGAAAAGCGAAACGUAAAGCUGAACAAGAGAGUGCGUUACAAGCACAAGUACAGGUGAAACGUGAGCAGCAUCACAAAGCGCGCCAGCAACAGGAGCAGGGUGAUCCUGAAGCGCCGCAGCUAGAUGAGCUCAUACCAGAUAAACUUGCCAGGGCAGAAGAUCCACUAGAGCAAGCCAUCAAGUUCCUUCUACCACUUAGAAUACUCGCCGCUGAUAGGAUAGACACAUAUUUAAUGGCCUUCGAAAUUUACUAUAGAAAAGACAAACCUUUGCUGAUGCUGCAAAGCCUAAAACGCGCAUGGCGACUGGACAGCACUCAUCAUCAUUUGCACGACUGUUUAGUGCGGUUUCAAGGGUGGCUUGACAAAUCACUCGAAGCACUUAACCCUGCUGUCGUUGCUGUAAUUUCUACAGAGACGCAGCCGAUGGUGCGUGGGCGGUCAGCCGUGCAGAUGGCGGAGGAGUUCAUGGCCAACGACGCGGCGCGCUCGCAGGCCGACGCGCUCUGGGGCGCGCGCGCGCUGCGCCGCCUGCUGCCGCAGCGCACGCAGCAGGCGCUGCACCACGCCACCAGGCUCGACUACCCCGACACGUCUAUAGAGGGCUGUGUGGAGGUAUUAGAGAGUUUGAAAGAAGGCGACUUUGGCCCGUGUGAGAAAGAGAUAGAGCAAUAUAUAGAAGCGUGUAGCGUCAAGUUUCCGUACGCCAUUGCAUUCAAACCGGCGGCCGUGAACACCGACCUCCCCGACAAACAAGAAACUUUGGACGAAGCGCCUCUCCAAGCUAAAGAGAUAGCCGUCAACAACUGA